AUUUUUCCAAUUUUCUGUUACCUAAACCCUACAGUGUUUUCACUGCCCCUUCACACACAGAGCACUAUGGCCGCUGCUGCCGCCGCUCGUCCUCUGGUCACCGUGCAGUCUCUUCCAUCUCUGAAUGAUAUGGCCACCGACUCUGCCGCCACACUGGCUCUUCCCGACGUGAUGAAGGCCUCUAUCCGGCCUGAUAUCGUUAAUUUUGUCCACUCCAAUAUUUCCAAGAACAGCCGCCAGCCCUACGCUGUUUCCAAGCGCGCCGGUCACCAGACCUCUGCCGAGUCUUGGGGUACCGGGCGUGCCGUUUCCCGUAUCCCUCGCGUCCCUGGUGGUGGUACUCAUCGUGCUGGCCAGGGUGCUUUCGGUAACAUGUGUCGUGGCGGGCGCAUGUUCGCUCCGACUAAGAUCUGGCGUCGCUGGCACCGUAGGAUCAAUGUGAAUCAGAAGAGAUAUGCUGUGGUAUCUGCUAUUGCUGCCUCUGCUAUUCCUUCUCUGGUUAUCGCUAGGGGUCAUAGGGUGGAAUCUGUACCUGAAAUGCCCUUGGUCAUUAGCGAUUCUGCAGAGAGCAUCGAAAAAACUUCAGCUGCAAUCAAGGUGUUAAAGGAGAUCGGUGCUUAUCCCGACGCCGAGAAGGCCAAGGACAGUCACGCUAUCCGUCCAGGAAAGGGUAAAAUGAGGAACCGCCGGUACAUUUCUCGCAAAGGCCCACUGAUUGUGUACGGAACUGAAGGAGCUAAGCUGGUUAAAGCGUUCAGGAACAUUCCAGGAGUGGAGGUGGCCAAUGUGGACCGUCUCAAUCUGCUGAAGCUAGCUCCUGGUGGCCAUCUAGGUCGUUUUGUUAUCUGGACAAAGUCUGCUUUCGAGAAGCUAGACUCUAUCUAUGGGUCAUUUGAGAAGUCAUCGGCGACGAAGAAGGGCUAUGUGCUGCCUAGGGCUAAGAUGGUGAAUGCUGACCUUGCUAGAAUCAUCAACUCUGAUGAGGUGCAGUCUGUAGUGAAGCCGAUCAUGAAGGAGGUGAAGAGGGCUCCAUUGAAGAAGAACCCUCUCAAGAACUUAAACGUUAUGCUUAAGCUAAACCCUUAUGCUAAGACUGCUAGGCGGAUGUCGCUUUUAGCUGAAGCCCAGCGCGUCAAGGCUAAGAAGGAGAAGCUGGACAAGAAGAGGAAGACUGUUACAAAGGAGGAGGCUGCUGCAAUCAAGUCUGCAGGCAAAGCAUGGUACCACACAAUGAUUUCAGAUAGUGACUACACCGAGUUUGAGAACUUCUCUAAAUGGCUCAAUGUUACCCAGUAAUCUAGUUUUCAGCAUUUUAAAUUUUUUUGGACAAUAUUUUGUUCUCCGUUUUGUUUUAUUAACUAGAUUUUGUUAUCUGUUUUGUUUUGUCAACUUUUUUGUGCGAUUGGACAUGGAUGAGUAUGUUUUACGAUUGGAUAUUUUUAUUGCUUGGUUACUUGGAAGAAAUGUUAUAGUACCCUUCUCUGAUCGAAAGAAAUUUCUAGUA